ACUUAUGUACUACCCUUUCUGAUAAAUAUUUCCUACAAUAAUUAGAUACCUUAUAAUAAGAUACUUAAAUGAAUACUUUUUUCCAAGGUAUGCCUGUGACAUUUGGGUUCUUCGCUUGCUGCGUGAGAGGGGCAUGGGGAAUGGCCCAGUGAGGAUCAUCGGCCAGCUGAGAGAGAACCACAGUGAGGAGUGGUUGAAACGUGCGCUUCGGUACACAUCAGAGUGUGUGGCCUUUUUUGAUAAUCGUGGCCUGCAUCCGCUGCACUUCCAGGAGCCACCACCACUUGCUUCAGUACCCAGCUACAAAUGGCUCCUCACUGUAUAUAGUCAGGACAUUCUCAACAGGCUCGAUCACAUAAAGGCCAGCAUAACAUCCACGUAUGGAUCAAUCUUAAAAAUGGAUUCAACUAAGAAGAUCACCAAGAAGUUGAGCGGGCCUGCGAAAGGCACAGCACAGUGGCUUACCUCAGUGGGCAAUGAGAUAGGUCAGGUGCUGAUGAGUGUCCUGACUGCGAAUGAAGGGGCUGGGUUAGACCUCAUGGCUGCAGGGCUCAUGGAGCGAUACCGGAGUGCUGGUGUUGAUCCUCCCACUAUCAUUUAUGUGGACUGUGAUUGUUGCAAGAAAGUGGGAGAGACUAAAUUGAAGAGGCGGUUCAGCGGCUGGCCAGAUGUCAUCGUCCGCCUAGACAUUUGCCAUUUUAUGCGACGUCUGGCAGUAGGGUGCACCACUGACGCCCACCAGUUGUACCCUACUUUUAUGGCAAGGCUGUCAUCCUGUAUUUUUGAGUGAGAUGCAGGGGAUCUCACUCUGCUGAGACAGGCCAAAAGGGAGCAACUCAUCCAACAGGGCUGGCCUACUCUGUCGGAGGCAGAACUGGACCAUCAUUUAACUAAAGCUGAGCUGCUCCAGCACUGCAGGAGGAGAACACGGGGAGAAGAAACCACUUUCCGCCUCCUUGAUAUGCUCAUCAGAGAGCUCAUGGGUG